AUGCCUUGUGACACACUCAAAAACAACAAAACGUUGAAGCCCACCGUCGGAUGCUUACUCUGUAGCUUCGCUUUAGUUUUUGUAUUCUCAAUUACCGCCUUUGCCUUCACUCAAAUGCAGGACGACAAAGCGAGUGCUUUACGCUUCGCUGACGAAGCUGAAAAUGAAGUAGAUGCCGAAGUAGUGGAAAUAAUUGUGAAUGAAGGAGGAUCACAGUACGGUGGCCUUGGUGCAGUGAAAAAAUUUCCGCAAACAAAUGAUACAGGAAAGCUGCUGACAACAACAAUAAGACAGCAACAGCAACACCAACACCAAAACAAACGUGAGGUGGGCACAAAUGAAGAUAAACAAACCGAUAAUAAUCACACAACCAUUAAUCGUGGCUACUAUGAAGAGCAGCGACCAGUUGUCGUACACGCUGAAAGUCUACCAACACUCGGGCGUCGACAGGACAACUUUGGUGCACCACCAACCAACUUUCAGGAUCCCUACUAUGAGCGGCCGGCAGCGGAGUAUGAAGCGGACGAGCUAGAGGGCGCUUCAGAUGACGGCGGCGGUGAAGUGGGUGUGGAUCGACGUCCUUAUGAACAGCAGCGUUACUAUGAUGAUGGUGAUGAAGAUGAGAGUGCUGCAGGCGAUAAUGAAUAUGUUCCAAGCGAGCAACAAAGUGCAAGCGAAGGUCGUGCUGCACAAAACUCUGCUUAUGAUUCAUACUAUCGGCAAUGGCAUUAUGCGACACCAGCGCCGGUGGCAAUGCAACGGCCAAAUGGUGGUUGGGAAGUUGGCGAUAAUCGAAAGUUGCAGAAUGGCGUACG